AUGCGCUCUGAUGUGAAAUGGUGUUUCAGCAUGGUGAUUGUGGUUCUGAGUUGUUACAGCGCGGUUGAAGCGAAGCUGCUUCAUCACAUGAAUUACGAUGACAUCCAAGAUUACAGGAACCACUCGUGCACCAGACAGUGCCAAGAUGGCGCGCCGGCUAUGAUAUGUGACUACAACUUUUUGGUGGAGUACUACUACACACUGACCAAGGCAUGCUGGGACUGUCCUCACAACGUUAGCUCCUGCUCCAGGCCCCACUGUGUACCUGCAGAUGGUGGCCUCAGGGGCAUCAUUACUGCCAACCGCAUGUUGCCAGGACCUCCUAUCCACGUGUGUGAAAACGACACCAUACGUGUGAGAGUCCACAACAAGAUGGAGGGGUCGCAGGGCACCAGCAUACACUGGCACGGCAUUCUGCAGCAGGGCAGCCCAUAUAUGGACGGUGUUGCCAUGGUUACACAAUGCCCGAUACCGACCCACACGGCCUUCACCUACGUGUUCAAUGCCACAACAGUGGGUACACAAUUCUGGCAUGGACACGCAGGAUUACAGCGAGCGGAUGGUUUGUUCGGACACCUGGUAGUUCGUCAGGCACCGAGCCGAGAGCUCCAUAACGGGUUUUAUGAUUUUGACCUUCCAGAGCACGAAAUUCUGGUCAACGACUGGUGGCAUAUCAGCGCCGACCCCAGCUUCUCCAAACAUCACCAUAGCAACGGGGACAACAAACCCAGUUCUAUACUUAUCAAUGGGAAGGGCAUGAUCGUUUUUGUCAAUGAUUCUAAAACUGGACAGAGCAGCCACACCCCGAGGGAAGUCUUCACGGUGAAGGAAGGAUACCGGUAUCGCUUCAGGGUGGUCAGUAACGGAAUCCUCAACUGUCCGUUGACCGUUUCUGUGGAUGGGCACUUGCUGGAGAUCAUCGCUUCUGAUGGGGCCGCUGUGGCCCCCCUGGAGGUGGAGUCCUUCAACAUCUUUGCUGGCGAGAGCGUUGCCAACUACCUGCUUAGAGUUCAAGGACAACUCGAUUGUGGGAAACAAUUCAAGAAUGCCCACCAAACUGCGGUCUUGCACUACGAAGGGGCCCUUGAGGGACAGGAGAAUAACGACACCUUUAUAUCGCCUGCCCCAUCUUUGACUGGGCCGGUGAUUGUUUGUUUGUUUCAGUUUGUUAUUGGCAAUAGACAGUUGCAGACGACACAGAUGAAUGGUAUCACCAACGUCAUGCCUCCAGCGCCACCCCUAUCUCAGUUACAAGACAUACCUCAGGAGAUGUUCUGCAACAGUGAGACGUUGAAGAAGAACUGCAGCACGGAUUUCUGCGAGUGCAUACACCACUAUAAAGUCAAGCUUGGGGACGUGGUAGAGCUGAUAAUGAUAGACCAGGGCCAUAUCUGGAAUGCCAGCCACCCAACUCACCUGCAUGGACACGGCUUCAGGGUUCUGGCUAUGGACCGGCUUGCUGCUUCUCUAUAUGCCCAUGAAGUUGAGGAAAUGGAUGAACGAGGGGAGAUCACUCGCAACUCAGACAAACCACCUCUCAAAGACUCAGUUACUAUCCCUGAUGGAGGCUAUACAAUUGUCAGAUUUCACGCCAAUAAUCCAGGAAUCUGGUUUCUGCACUGCCACAUUGAGUACCACGUGGAGAUUGGGAUGGGGCUGGUCUUUCAAGUUGGAGACCAAAGCCAGUUCCCACCAGUUCCCCAUCGGUUCCCAACUUGUGGGAGUUGGGACCCAGAUGAAGCCAAUCAUGAAGAACCUCCCAGAGUACCAGAGAAAUCCAGUCCUGACCUAGGGCCUAUAAAAUCCCCAAACACGAUGACACAGUUAGUUCCUUCAGCAUUGUUACUUUUUGUCAGUUAUUUUAUAAGAACUCUUAUAUAA